CGCCGCUCGCCUUCACCAUGCUGCAGCGAACUCGCAUCCACAAAGGCAGCUCCAUCUUCUGGGGGAACGCCAGCCUGGAUGGACAGCUCAGCCACCACCUGGAGGGGCUGAAUGUCACGCAGGUGCUGCCGCUGGAGCCCCCCGAGGCGUGGGCUCGGCGGCAGAAGGAUGUGACCACCUACCUGCAGUAUUUCCGUGACCUGGUGCGUCUCUUCUAUAAGGAGAGACCCAUCAACUACACCCAGAACCUGGGCUGCCACCUGGGCUGCCUCCUGUUCCCCAACGGCACAACCCAGAGCUUCUAUGAGGUGACCCUGAACGGGACAGAGUUCCUCAGCUUCCAUGUGCCCAAUGCCACCUGGGAGCGGCGCUGGCCUGGGAGCCACACAGUGGCCACCUUUGCUGAGAGGGAGCUGAUGAAGUACACCACAACCACCCAGGACCUCCAGUACUUCCUCAACACCACCUGUGUCAGCAUCCUGCAGGCUCAGAGUGCCAGGACAGGAAAACUCAGCAGCAGAUCACACGCUCCACUGGUGCUGGGCCUCAUCCUGGGCACCCUCUGCUUGCUGGGCAUGGCCGUGGGGAUCUUCUUGUGCACGGGAGGGAGCUGCUAG